UUUUAGCGCAGAGUAAAACGAAAAGGAGAGAGCACCUGUCAAAGAUUCAAAAUAUUUAAAAAGUAUAUUUACCCUUCAAGAAAAUCACGGUGAGAAGACACAUUUGACUCCGCCAAGGAAUAGAGCCACUUUGCCAUUAUUUCCAAAACCCUCCUGAUCAGCCCUAGGGUUUAACGAAAAAUCCAAAGUAAGCUCAAUGGCUUCGUCAACUCGUAUUUUCGGCAAGUGUUGCCGAGCUCUUAUGGCUGCUGCUAAGACUACUUCCGCAGCAACAGCAACAGUCACAGUGACGAAAGCGAGAGGUCGUCCGAAUGGAAUACUGAAACCACAACCAGUUUCCCCUGCUUUAGCGAACUUCAUAGGUACAAAUGAAGCUUCCCGCACUGAUGCUGUUAAAAAAGUUUGGGAAUACAUUAAAACUCAUAACCUUCAGAAUCCUGCAAACAAAAGAGAGAUCCAUUGUGACAACAAGUUGAAGACGAUAUUUGAUGGCAAGGACAAGGUUGGUUUUCUAGAGAUUGCGAGGCUAUUAACUCAGCAUUUUCAGAAGACUGCUUAAGUUCUAGUUAGGCUGGCAACUUCUGUAAAAGUUUUAGUCACCUUCUGGAUAUUGGAUUUUGUUUUUACCUAGCCGGCUAGCUUCUUUCUGUUUAGUAGCUGUUCUAGUUGCCUUCACACUGGUUUGAAUUGUCAAGCGGGGUCGAUCAUGUGCUAUUUAAAUCAAGUGAUUUGAAGAUCAAACGAGAAGUAACAGGGUAAUGAUAAUCUACCUCCAUCGGUGUUCCUCCACUUCAAAGUUCCCUCCUUAGACAUUUCACAAUUUGAAUUCAAGCAAAGUAUGUGUGAUAAGAAGAUACUCUUUUGGAACACAAAUUGUACCAGUUGAAAUGUAAAAUUCUUUUUGCAGUCAGUUCUCUUUAGUUUGCAGAUAAAAUGCUGGCCUAUUUAUCAGUGU